AUGGUGGUUUUUGCGGGACCCUUAUCGGACUUGACUGUUAUCUUUAUCUCUCUUAGCGCCGUUCUACUAUUUGGAGCCACUAUUUACGCCUUGUACUUUAUAAUCCCCAUUUUGUUGGCGAAGCUUAUCCAAGCCAUAGCAAAUGUAUACUUUCGUCUUUAUACAAAAGGGUAUCGAAAAGCCCGUGUACAUGUCUCUUAUUUUCGGUUGGGUCUUUUCAUGCGUCGAAUACACUUGCAGAGCGUUUACUUCUCAACAGCAGAGUACACUAUAUUCGUGGGAGAUGUGCACCUUCACUUUUCUCUUCUCCGCAGGUCUGGUUUUCUCAGCAAGGUCCUCCAGGAACACAUCAUCAAAUCGCAGACUAAAGAUGCCCACAGCUUAACAUUUCCUCUUUUCCCAGCGAUGGUGCACGUCACAGGGAUCGAUAUACACCUGUACAGCCGAAAGCCCCUGCCCUAUACGCCAACAGAGGAAGGUCUGCGACGAUAUAUGGAGGAAUACCAAAGCAAGCUAGCAAACGCAGCUGCACAGCGUAAGCUUCCUUUCUUCUUUAGAGUUUUUGGGCCUGUCAAUUUGGAUAUUAGGGGUAUACGUCUGGUACUGAGCAAUCCAUACCUUCGAUGCGGUGUACGGGCUACAAUUGGUUCAGCAAACGGAGUGCUUGGUGUCCACCAGGAAGCUGAGCUCUUCACAUUCUAUACAUCUUACCUUGAUCUCAAACUUCAUAGCUUUAACGUUAAUUUUAUCGAAAAUGAAUUUUACAAUCCAAUCUUUGAUCACAAGCGUCAGAACUUCUUUGAGAAAAAAUCAUGCCUACCACUGUACAGUGGAAAGAACUCUUUGUCAGUUUCGAUUCUAUCUUCUCCGGUAUCUCGCUUAACAGUCACCACAACCUCUGAUCUUUCAAAGGUUUCUUUUCGACCUGGCCUUCACUCUUCCCAAGAUAGGUCAGAAAUCUACGAUAAGUCGUUUCCCGAAGGAAUUGUGUCCAUCCGUUUGAUUGAUCCAAAAAUAACCUAUUCACCAUGGCUUGAGCGGGAGAGGAGACGAGUCUUUUUGUCAUUCUUUCCUGAGACAUUUUUGCCCCGUCAGGUGUGGCCUCUUCCGUCCAACGAGGAGCUAUUUUUUAGACCCACGUUAAACUACAAGAUUUCCGUGAUAUUUGAUACGCCAGGCACAAUUCAGUAUUGGUAUCGUAAUACAGAUCAACCGUAUGAUCCAGUGAAACAUGACAUUAUACUGGCGUGGAAGAGGGCUCAGAUGGAGUCGGCUAGGGUCUCUCAGCAGCUGCAUGAAUUCAAGGCCAACAGUACGAUUAGUUGUGAUAACAAUACUUAUACUGCUCAGUCCAUUGUUGGUGAUAGUGUGAUAAAUCAGGGUACUGUGCCAACUGGAGGUGCCACCAGCAUGGACGAUGGAGACUGCACGGAGUGUAGUACGGCGUAUUCUAUGUGCCCUAUUACCACUUCUCCGAUUAACUCUCCAGUAGAAGAAGCUCAUGCUUUACUAAGCGGAAACUAUUCAGCAUCUGUGGCUCAGCUCCAGCCGGCACAUAGUCGCAAAGGGUCCAAUCUCUCUUCUCAUGUGCGGAUGACAUCUUCCACCACAUCCAAAGUUGUUCUAGAUAGCAUUGCAGGACUAUCAAAGCGUCUUCGUACGAAUAUACAAGGGUCUCCCUUAAUAGGGAGCGCUGUAGAUGACUUUGAGGCUUUAGCGCACCGUAAUAACCAGUUUCAAAGUGUUGCUAAUCUGCAAACGGCCGUUUUCAACGACGACUUAUUUGCUCAGUUUAACGUGGACUCAAGCACGCUUCAAAUGGACAACUUUGAGGAACCCACGUGUAAUCCUCAAAGCUCCAAGGACGAAGACCAGGCGCCUGAAGCUCAGACCCUUAGGCGGCCUCGCACACUAUGGUCCAAUGUGUUUGGCAAUACUAUUCCUUUUGUUAAUAGAUUUAUUCGAUCCUCAACCUCUAAAGGUGAGCAGGAGUUCAAUAUCUUUGAUAGCUCUGCUGGGGACAAAGAUGCUACCAGUGCAGCACCUCCGCCCACCGUAGGAGCAUAUACAUCCCCCCACGAAGGUAUCUCCUUUACUUGCUCUACUGGCACCGUUAUUCUUCUAAAGAUGCCCGUCUUUUCGUACUUUCCUACGCGCACUAAAAAGAUCAGCGCUUUCAUACCUCAUGUUUCAGCCAAGACAACGGUCAUUGGGCAAGAAUUUUUUGUCGCAGAGAACAUCUCCUUUGUCUGGGAUGAGCUUACGACAGGUACAGAGUAUUCCGCUCCGACUAAGUGGAAUGUCGGCUUUUUUGCAGAGAAUCUUCGAGCGGAGCUAACUGGGGCUAUAAUUUCUCAGAUUACGCACUUGCUUGGAGACCUCACAGAAGAUGACAAGGACCUCCUUUCCUAUUAUCGUAAGUCCCUUAUUCCACUGAUCGACAAUAACACUGUUAUCCUGGCACACGAGUUCCCUAUAAGGGAUAGGGCAUAUAACGUUUAUUGCAAUGCACCACCAAACCGUCUGCAGACCAUGAGGGAGGUCCAGUAUUCCAAGACAAAGCGCUUUAUCCCUGUAGAGAUGGACUUUACCAUCCGUGUAGUCAACUAUGAGAUUGGUGUUGCCACAGCUGUCGACAACGUCUGCUCGUCAUUACACCAUCUCUCUGCGGUACAGCCUGUUCAGGAUUUCCUCGUUCAUAAAUAUUCUGUCGCGUAUCACCGCUUAUACUGUCAACACAAGAUGUUAGCCGAGCAUGACUUCAAGGAACUUCGACUGGUGUCUGCCCACCACUAUGUUUACCAUAAUAAUCCGUUUCUAAAUAUGUUCUGGCGCCUGCCUCUAGUUAUUGGCGCCUCAAAUCGUAGCAUCUACUGUCUGCUCGAUCUUACCAUAGAUGUCAUCAACAAUGACUAUGAGCAGGUGGCCAAUAUGCUUCAUAAGGGAGAUCCCAUAUCGAAGGAUGUCCGUCCAAACCUUGUCUGGCUCAACACGCCAUACAAUGUGGCAGCAUCUUCGACUACUCGAAAGCGGCGAUGCACAUGUCUGCGGAGCAGGAAGAAAGGUCUGCGUACAUUACCGCCGGUAUCUGGGAUAACACAGGAAACUGACAAUCUUCUUCCGUUAAAAGAAGGCUACACUCAUUCGCGCUAUCAGAGUACACACGGUUACGAGAUUCUUGAGUCUAAUACUAAGUCAGGGAAGAAAGGAUCUAAAUCCUACGAUGAACUAAGUCUCGUUCCAGCAUCUGUGCAUUCUGGAACAAAAUUGAGCUCUCUGCAUGUACUACAGUUGCCACAUACUGCGUCUUGGGACACUCUAGGGACGUCCUCAACUAGUCUUCAACAGACUCCAUAUCCAUGCACUGUUGACGAGUUUCUCAAGGCCUUUCUUUAUGAAAGCCCAGAUGCCAUAGAUCAUUGUGACCAUAGAAUAGAGCUUUUGAGAAUAGCAAACGGCAAGAAGCAUGCUAAUUCCAACCCACUCACAUAUGAAGAGUAUCUGUCAUUGCUAACAUAUUCUCCGCCAACUCAUUCACGCCUCUUGUUUGCUGGUGUAGACCUGUCCUGCGGAAUUGCCGUCCCACGCUUGCAUAAUCUCAAUGCCUGUAUUGAUGGAGGCACGGAUGCCAAGGCACAGUUAUACACCGUCCUAGAUGUCAAAUUGAUCUUGAAAAUGGCGUCGAUCUAUGUGGCUUGCACAUCCACAAGCAGGCAGAGCGCCUUUCUUAAGAGGCUAUAUUCAGCGAAGAAGACUACUAACAAAUCAUUAACAUCUCCUUUUGCUUCUGGCCCGUUACCCCGUACAGAACUUCGCAUAGGAAUGACACGAGAUCUUGUUUUAGAUGCACACUUGGAUACACGUGUCACAAGCUUUCUAAAAGAAUCGGUACAGACACCACCAUCUCAGAUCAUUGACUCGUCAGUUUCUCCAAGCCUAUCAUACCCACAGGAUAAUAACCUGUCUCUCCAAAUCAACGUAGCUCGGCCGGAGCUUCUUGUUAGCGGUUCAGUAAUAGCCAUAUUUAUGCAUUUCCUGGAGAAUCUGUUUUUGGCCCAAAGGUUUCCAAUCUCUGAUGCAGACUAUAUUAUUAUGCCCUUUAAUUUACACUUUAAGAAUCAACUUGCAAGAGCCUAUGAGUCAUAUUAUCUUUACCAUCGCUUGAAAGCAAGCUAUGCUAACGACCUAUGGCUCGACUCAAUUAAGCGUGCUGUCAAAGAUAGUCCAGAAGUUGAUCCCGUGGAGCGCCUCACAGAUAGAGACAUACUGAUCAGAUUGUCACACGAGUUUGUGCUAAGUGAUCAAAUGACGUACUCGGAUGUUAUCUAUCCUGUAUCUAAGGCAGCCACUCUUUACCAACGAUUCUCGCAUUAUAUCACGUCUAUGCGGCUCUUUUUAACUAUCUAUGCAGAUAGACCCAUUGUAUCAGUUACUGUUCACGAGUUUGCCGAGCUGCCACGUAGAUUUUCAUUUGCAUAUAACGAUUUAAACACGGAUUAUAACAGACUCUUUACUACGUCUCUCUCUGAUCCACGGGGACUUAUUACGUUCCACACACAAAAGCUGACAUUUGCAAUCGUCUCUUCCCGGUCUGUCACAACCCUCUCUGUCAGCACAACUCCGCUCCGAGGAGGAUACCUGUCUCAUGCACACUCUACUAUCACUACAGGAGGCUUCGAUAUGCACGUCACUAUGCCAAAAACACAGGACAGCAUCUACCCCUUGCCCACCAGAACGGCCUACUCAAUGACCUUGAGCGCCCUCAAAUUGUCUGCCUAUCCUGAGUUCGUUGGGGUUCUUACCAUGUUGAUAAGGAACUUCUGUGUAACGUUUUUGGCUCCGUCAUUUAAUCACCUUCCUGCGUCAUUCGUUGAUCAUAGUGCGGUCGGCAGUGAUCAUGAAAGUGCAGCUGACGUAGAUCAUGGUAAGGUUUAUGAUAGAAUUAGGCAGAUGAUAGCAGAGCGUAUGCAGAAGGAUUUAGAGCUUCUCACCAACAAAUCGAAUUUCUUGUUGCUUUGCAAUUAUCUCGAGGACUUGAACGACAGUGAUCACACGGCGGUUUUGCACAGACUGUACACGAGGGGACCGUCAGCCACGCAAGCAAGACUAGAUCAGGACUCAUUUCUCUUAGAUACAAGGACAGACUCAUCGGGAAAUCCCACUCAGAAUAAUAAGACAACCAACCGUCCUGAUCUCACUUGCUCUGCCAUAUCAUCCUCCUCAUUACCACUAGAUAGUGUCAUGUAUGCACGCUGUCCAGACCGACUUCGCUAUCUGCUCUUCUACAAUGGAUCUAAUUGGUGCUUGACUGCGACUCAAGUGGUCUCCUUUGACAUAUCUAUUGGUCAAUUUGAUUGCUCAUUGAUUCACACUUUCUCGUCUAAUUCUGCUUGCUCUACUCCUACGUCCCUGGUAGCCUCAGUUAUCUCUAAGCGUGGGGUUGCUUGUUACAUUAAUAACCAUGCACUAAAGGACAACACGCGGCUCCUUCUCAGAUGCACUGUACCAGACAUCAUUUUACGAUUACGCGAUCCUUUUUCCCAAUCCACCUCUGUAGCUCUAAAGACAGCGGUGAACAUAGUGGUGCAUCAGACAGGGGACAACGCUGUCGGCAAGGCUGUCCAGUUGCUCUACUAUGAACACCAUAAGCAUCUCCUCAGCACAUUACUGUCUGGCCCUCGAGCGCAGACAUCGGUGACGUCCAUUCCGACCAUUGUAGUUUCACAUGAUAACGAGCUAACUUGCGCUAGUAGGCCCAAACCAAUUUCGGGUUCACAAGAAGGUGUCCUGCCUGUGUUCAAGUCAACUACAAAUUACUGUCACCAUGCCCCUGCAUGCACCGCGACAGAAUUCACUAGGCCUAGCUCUUUGAAGGCUUCGCCGGCAGAACAGUAUCCAUUACCUGCUGAAUUAGAAGAUCUUCUUCGAAAGGAGAAAGGAGACAACGCGCUGAAUGAUACUGUCCUACGCCGUGCUAUGUAUUUGCAAUUCGUAGCACCCGGGACGACUCAUUCCCAAAAACGCUUUUCAAGACAGCGAACUUCUGUCAAAACGGCUUCUGCAUCGAGCAUAACGCUUUACAGUACAGAGACAGACACUUACAACGAGGGAGGCCCUGAUCUGGCUCAAGGAAGCACACGUCUUUCUAGAACUAUGAUAGCGACCAAUGUUACCGAUGACUUCUCCCUGUAUAGCACUGAGACAACAGUACCAAGUGUGCAAGGAAAGGCAGACAGUACAGACCAAGCUAGUUAUGAUGAAACUAGUGAUAGCAUACUUCUUCCGGAUGAGUCCCCAUCCAGAGCAUUUGUCAAUAAGACUAAAGAGUCUCUCUGGCAGCGUCAAGCACAGAAGACUGACAAUACCGAGCCUUCCUGUCCCCCACCCGUUUCUGUGGAUAAGCUCGCAGGAAUAGAAGAGGAACCAUUUCCAUUUCUCAUUCCAGCCCAUCUAUUUCAUAGCAUACUUGAUCACCGAAUGGUUGCUGUCUACACCAGUGCCUUCUCCUCCUUUUCUCAGGAUAGUCAUGCGCCCUCAGGACUAACUCUUCGACCAAAAUCUGGCCCCUAUAUGAGUGUGGAUAGAGGGCCCCAUCAAUCUAAACCUGUUUAUAACCCAACAAACUUACCUGUGGACAUGCAUAUUCCAACCUCAGGACCUGCUGCCGUUAGUGUUUCAAUAACUGUUGAGGGACUGCGAACUUAUAUCAAGCCAGAGGGAAUCUAUGGUGCACUCUUGCUUGUUAGUCAGAUACUCAGUCCAGACUUCACGGUAGUAGCCAAUGCAUAUACAUUUUUAACCGCAGAAUCGAACAAGUGUAUGCUUGACGUCAAAAACAUUUACUUAUGCGAAACGAUGCUGCGAACCUGUUACUAUGCGCAUCUUAAGCAGUUUAUAGCUGAGCAAAAGCCGUCCCGAUUUCAAUACAUUUCUAAUUUAAUGUACUCACAAGGGCAAUUGGAUUUAUCUCAGACAGGAAAGAAGGAUGGACAGGAGAUGAAAAGCAAUUUAACUCCGCCAGAACACAAACAAGAUAGAAAGGAUAAGGAAGACAACUUAGACAGGAUAUGUGCUUUCAUCACUCUUAUAGCUUCGCAGUCACAGCUUCUUUCGUCCCUGAGCAUGUCCCAUUUUGGACGAGCUACCCAUCAUCAGCUAGAAACGACACUCAUGCAGAUGGAUGGAACGGCAACACACUGGUAUCUCCUCUUUGCGCCACAAGUAGAGCAAUAUAAACUUACUAGUAAGGAGAUGAUAACACUCGAGGUUUUCCUGAAAGAUGCUGAGGUAGUUGCACUGGCAGACGGCCUCCGGACCAGCGUUACCCUGCGGAUGAGUCAGCUAUCUUCAGCGUUUGCGCUCAGCAAUAAGAUCUAUUCAUUUAAUAACCGUGCCUACAAAAUGUUUUGCCGUCUAUCCGACAGAUUCUGUCCACAAACCAAUAUGAACAAAUUCCGGAUACAGACAGGGGCGCUUCUAUCUCUUAAAGCUAACAACCUUACUCUUGAGACCAUUAGAGGAGCGCUCUGUACCAUCCAGGGUGUAUCUCUUAAGCUAAAUUGCGGAAUCUUCUUCUCCCAAGGAAAUAGGGCUGCUUCUACUGGAUCACGGUCGUCAAGUCUUUAUUUGAACACCAAGAAAAACCCCAUGAAGAUUGAUGUUGCAACUAUGCGUACAGAUAGGAGUGCCAAGAUAGACACUGAUAGUGUGCAAACCGCUCACCGCCUGUAUUCUCAUACAUCCACAGAAGCUACAGAGACAACCGAUAAAAGCGCCACCUCUCAGAAGGGCAUGGAUGCGUUCCUCAAGAUGCUUCUGAAUACACUCUGUGUCGAGGCAAACACCGUUACUCUCAAUAUUCCUAUUAUGCUUCUGCAGCCGCUUGUCAUCUUACUUGCUCACUACGUGGGGUCUUUCCAGAGGGGGAUGGAAGCUAUUGUCUUAUCAACUGUAAUAGCACAGCUAAGCAAGUACAUACUUCUCCGGACAUUUGUCCCUCAGAGACACCUUGUUUGGCAUGCGCUGAAGCCAACAUCCGACAUGACUGAGAGUAAGAGCAAUCUCGCCUCCAACUUGUAUCCCGAGCAAUCUAACGCCCACCUAAACAGUUUGCUUGUAAUUCUCAGUCAGAGGGACACAAACGCUAGCUUUGAGGCAAUCAGCAAGUCCAUCUUCAGCUCCUUUUGCAAGGAUCUUAGUAAGGACCCUCUUGUCAGCCUUGGGUCGCGGGUUAUUCGUUGGAUGAAGCGCGCAGACUGCAGACAUAGGGACGCCGAAGGCGGCAGUCAGUCACUGGGCUCCAAACUAGAGUUCUCCAUUCAGAGCAUUUGUCAGAGCCAAAAGUCGUCGUUACCUGUUUACAAGAUUAAGAUAGACGCUGGUCUUAAGCUGUCUCCUCUUCGUUCUGAUGCUAUUCUCUUUUUGGCUUUGUCCUUGAAGGAGUAUAGCGAUACACUUUCGUUCUCAAAGGAUAGUGUGCCAAAACAGAUGAUCUUUUGGCAAAGCCCCCAUUUUGAAGCCUUUCGUGUCCCAAAGGAGCCUGUCAUACUUUAUCUAAACUAUAUAACUAGACAUCUGCUCUUCAACUUCUGGGGUGCAAAGGCACAGGCAGCAUUGGCUAACUUGCAACAAGGAGCAGGUGAGCCUGUGACGGUUAAGCAUAUGGUGCAGUUAAGUCUUAGCUUGCACGACGAAUUUGCAAUUCAAGCGACUAGUUCUACACACCUUCCGUUUCUUACUGCCUCUGCUUCUAGCCCCCCAUGCUUCAAAGCCAGCGUACUAAAGCCAAAGCUACAACUUAGUAUCAAUGAACGCCUGUCAGUCACAUUAGCAUACAAGUCCUUGAACGCCUCAUUUAGUCUUCCACUGUUUCUUCUUGCUAAUGUAUGUAGGUUAAACUCCGCAUUUUAUGCCUACAAUACGGAUAGAGUUAUGGACACACACCGCGAGUACACGUACCAGCAGCCGCCAUCCCUUCUUAUUUCGAACAUCGCUGUCAACCUUUUUUCAAUUAAUGGAAUCUAUAGAAUUCUGUCGAACAAAGACGCACGUCAAACACUGUCUGUGCCUACAACCACCCCUUCUGUGAAAUCAGCGCCUGUACCGGCUCAUCCUGUUCUAUCUCAUCCCUACCUAGCCGAACUCCGUGCUUUUCAGGAGUACGAGCACACCAAGGUUGUUUCACAAGACACAGAUUCCCCUGCAACUUUAUCUGCGUACGAUGAGCUUUCCAUAACAGCAACUGAAGCUAGCACUCAUUCAUCUGGUGGCACUCUUGUGUCAAUCGAACCAUCAGCUGAUAACGAAGUGCCAAAGGAUGAUGUGUGCGCUGAUCAACUGCGUGAUCAAGCCACCCUGGCCCUCAACAAAGACUAUCCUUCAUUUGAUAACCAAUUUUUCGCUAAGUCGUUCACUAGUAUCCAGCCUGGGGAAAUAGAUGCCAACGAGUUUGACACGUUAAGCGACACUCUCUUACUUACUAGAGAGCCAAAGCUAUUUCUGGCUCCACUAUUCGGAACAGAUGCUUUACAUGCCAUACAUUAUGCUAAGCAGAACACUAAUUCUAUCUAUUCGAAUGUAGAGAUUGCUGCCAAUCUGAUUCAGUCCAGGCCCGUGUCGUUAGACGAAGUUAACUCGCUACGUAGCAAGUGUAAUAUGAAAGGCCAGAUCUCCAUUAGGAAGUGGCUUCUGCAUAUCGCGAAAUUUUCCCACAUUAGUGCAGAGCUUGUAUUUCCAGACACCACAAUCAACUAUGCACACGCAGCUACAGGGGUCCCCAUUGUUGUAGCCUCUUUCCCCUCAACAAGACUAACUAUGGACGCAAUCCCACCAUUACUGGACGUUUUCGCUCAUCCAUUUUCACACAUAACAUUUUUGACUGAAACCGUCUCGCUUGAGCUUUACUCCAAAGCCCAUUCUGUGCAGGCCCAAAAUCCGCUAAGCUUUAAUAUGGAUGACGCUAAACGCGAAUACCUUAUUGCUACCAAGUCUUUCGACGUGAACUACACGCAAUCUGUGGUUCGGUUUGUUUCCACUCCUGGCCCUAACAAGGCAGAUUCGCCAAUCCAUAUGUUACUGGCACACUCAGUGGAAAUUGUAGCGAGAUCACUUGAGAUGCAGCUUUUUAAUGCACAUAACAGGCUAUUCUCUCUUCUACGCGACGUCCUGAUUGAGGCAAGGUUAUAUACUGGCUUUGCUGAGACGUACUCCCUUGUGCUAUCUGCCUGGACAGACCAUGCAUUCUAUCUGUUUCAUGAAUAUACCCCUCAGUCAUUUUGGGAUUGCUUCUGCUGCGAGCUUCACUUCCUCAGAGACCAGAAAGCGGCUGCUUCAGCAGCUACUGUGGUCGUUGAUGCCGAAAUACCCUUUGUCUCUAACUCGCGAUCUGCUGAGUUACAAAUCAUUCAACGCCGCCAGCCAAAACGAGCCCGACCAAGUCCCUUCUCUGCCGGACGGUCGCUUAAAAGACAGAACUCCUAUAGACAAAACCAGGAUCGCGCCGCAAGCUCUUCCAAUUCCCACGAGACACCCAAGGAUGGUACGUCGAGACAGAAGGACCCGCUAUUAAAUACGCUAAGUAAUCUGUCUGGGAAUCACGUUGUCUUUUUUCUUGCAGAGAUUGAUGAGUUUAUGUUAGGAAUCGAUAGUCCCAGAUUGGUCCAAUGCAGUGCUAAGCUGUCAAAAUUAACAGUUUCAUUAAGCUUGCCGGGCCAUCAGACCGAACCUUUGCACAAACUGAGAACAAUGACUAACAAGGAGGUAUUCUCCAAAAUAUAUUGUAAAACUCCUAAUUCUUCGAAGAUUCAAGUAGACUCUCUCCCCCUUCUGACAAUUACACCCAAUAGUGCCAAUUUAGGGCGCAUUAAGCACAGUCUCUACGAGGAUGACGACAAUUCAAUGGUAGCCAACGGUUCUUCUGGCGCGCAGAAGAAAGAGGAAGAUGAUCUACAGCUGAUUUCAUCGAUAGCUAGCCUUUUACUCACUAACAGAAAAGACCUAGCAUUAGCCUUAACCUCUACUUCCUUGCACAUUAUUCUCCAUUCGUCGUAUGUUAACCAAGACACUAUUCAUGCAAUCAAUCUUCCCACAAUUAGCUCCACCCUAUUAUUUAAAGAUUUGUCAGUUUUGACUGUACAGCUAUCUGUUUCCUCAUCCCAGAACUCCUUUUCUGGAGAGCUUUUUAUACUACUUAUCUCGUUGUUGAGGAAGCUUAUCAGUGACUUCGAGCAGGUACUCAGCACCACAAGGUCUCUAGCAGAUACGGAGAUGUGCCAACUGCUGAGGACAUCCGGGGCAGGAGAUAAGCUAUCUCCUUCAUUGCUAUCCACGUUUGAUGGCAGCCUCACCAAUGUUAGUGGAUUUGAAGACCGUUCCCUGCAAGCACCACACAAAGCUCCACUAGUCCGGCACUGUCUAAUUGAAAUUAUCGUAUCGCUGACUACGCUCAGCAUUACCAGUACUAGCCAUGUAAGUGUCUUUCUUCUCAAGGAGAUCACGUUCAAGAUGAAUUAUGAAUCACAACAUGGAAAGAAGCCGGUACUAUUUGAUAAAUUUGACAAACGAGGAAGCGCUUUCGGAGAGUUUGAGCUUACCUUUGACGACAUUACACUGUAUACGCACGUAAGCAAGAGCCCUGACGACCUGUAUCUGGAGUACCAUCCAGAGUACUUGAUCUUCAAAACCAAGGACGUGGAGGGACUAACAAAGGUGCUGAAUAGCAGUUCCCAGGCAUCUACUUAUGUAAUUCAAAAUAUAUCCUCGCAUAUCUCCAUGAGCUUUCAGUUUACAGGUCAGAUCUCAUCCAAAACAGCAUCUCGGUUGACGCUUACAGUGCAAACAUUGGGCCUCUUGAUCCAUCCCCUUUUAUAUAGUCAUAUAGUGAGUCUUAUUAAUGACGUCCAGGUCUGGAGGGAGUCAUAUGCAUUGAUACAGAGUGACUAUAUCCCGAAGAUGAGUAAGAAUAGUAGCUUAUCGAGCGCUACUUUUGUAGAUAGGCUACCCAGCACAACUAUCGAGGGAUGCCCCUCCAGCUUACAGCAAGGCUCUGCAGUCCGAGAGCCUUCCAAAUAUAUUCAAUUUACUAUCGAAUUUAAGGAUAUUGACAUAUCCAUUUACUCAGAUUGCGGCCUCGAGUUCGUUCUGGCAGAUUCUAAAGUGACUCUAGAAGGAACAUGUGUUCGUGAGACCUUGGAGAUGAUUGUAGUAGAGUUGGCCAUAGAUGAGCUGAUAGGAAAUAUCCAGCUAUUUAUAGUUCCGCCUUAUGUGGCGUCCCCUCCUUGUGAUAAGAAUAGAGAUACAGAAGGAGACCCCUGGAGCCUAGAUGCAGUACUAGGAUUUUUGACUUCCAUCACAGCAAUCCCUACCGGGAAUGUCUUUGACUUUUGUCUUUCGCUGAAGCUUAUUUUCCAGACGGGAAUACCUGAGGCUUCUAUUAUGAAAAAGUUCCAGUGCAAUUAUCCCAAGCUGCCCUUGGAGUCAGCCACGUCACAGCCAGCUUUUAAUUCCAAUGAGCUUUGCAACACCAUUCAGCUAGAUCUCGUUGUAGAAAGAUUUGUGCUGGCUCUCAACGAGACGGCUGUCCCUCUCCUAGCAGACUUCUUCUUUACUAGUAUCAGGUACAUCUCAGGUACCUACUCUUCUACAGCCGAUCAGUCAUCAACAGAUGCAAUAAAGGUCACUGCGAUCUUGCUAGAUGAAACAAUCCAGGCCUUGCUAGAAAGAGUUGAAGUGAUGCGCCAGAAGACUCUUUACAUGAACAUAAAACUUUCUGUACUAAGAUUGGGACUUGAAGUCUACGAAUUUAGCGAUCUUAAGGAAACUAUAAGACAGACAUGUGAGGGAUAUACAAGUAUCCAGCCUUCAGCCUCCACAUCAGGUACCAGGGUUGGAGCAACUUUUAAGGCGGAUGGCAGUUCUGUAGAGGUGGGGGCAGCAUUGAUGAUAGAUGCUCCUAGUAUUUCUUUUCAGACCCAGGUAGCCAAACGAACUGUUGGUAAUCCUUUCACUUAUUCAUCUAGUCAAUAUGGACAGUAUGGAUCGGCAACCGGAGGCUCCAUAGCGAAUCUGCACGGCAAGUCAAUCACAUCUAAAGAGAUUUUCCCCCCUGUACUCUCAAUUAUUCUUCCACAACUGAAUUUUGACUUCGAAGCAUUCAGAGUCCCCAAAAACGAUUUGAGCCUUUAUAAAAACUUUGAUGUUCUACGACCUUUUAUUACUUCUGACCUUCUCAAGAUGAACGAGAAUACAAAACUUUAUAUAAAACCAGCUACAAUCUCGUUUAUGGCUAUAAAUGCUACCUUGUACAGGCGAACUCUUUUCUUUCCACCAGAAGUGUUCCGCGUCCUUGCUAAUUUCAUUUCAAAGUGGCUACAGGUGAUUGAAAAAUAUUCACUGAAAACCCCCUCAGAUCAUCAGACGAAAAAAUCUUCAUAUUCUCUUUCAUCUGACGGUGACGGAGAGAUUGGGAUUGGGACUGGGACUGGUCCUGUCAGUAAAGCAGAUCAGUCAGUAUCCAUGAGUCAGACACAAGUACCCCAGGCAUCUUGCCCUAGAGACCAGCAGAAAACAAGCAGGGCAGACAAAAGCAAGCACAGGAGCAUAACUAGUCAUACCCCAAAACAGAGCCAAGGCAGCCUAGUCUCGGAUUUGGCUGGACUCUAUGAAAUACUUCAAGCAGGAGCAUCGAGAUCAUCCACCUCGAAGCUUAAUUUCCUGACAAAUAUAGUGCCAGAUACUUUCCAUGCAGUCGUUGCCCUGGAAAUUGAACAGCAGACAUUUAUUCUAGAUUCCGUUGCACGCCCAAUAAUCGAGAACAUGGCCUCGUCUAUUCUCGGGGACACAUACAAUGCUACCACACCUAGAGCUGUAAGGCAUAGCCGAGAGUCUAGCAAGCUAGACUAUGCUGCAGUUUCUCCAAGCAAUACUAACACUCCAGAUAACAGGUACACAAAGAGCACGGUCUUCAGCAGUAUGGCGCAAGAGGAUCUGCAGCCAGGUUAUGAUGUGCUGUCCUUUGUGUCUGUUACUAUUCUUCCCAUUAAGUUAGAGCUGCUAGGGGAAAACGAGGUAGGCACCAGAACUAUUGAAGCGUCACUGACGUUUUCAGGCCUUAAUGCACGGGUUAUCCCGUAUGCUAUUCAAUUUAUAGCCGCUCUUUACAAGGCAUCCACCGCAGGAACCGUAGAUCACGCACAUCCCGUUGUAUUUUCGAUUAAGAAUGUUCUAAUGAACAUUACAUCCACUGUCUCCAUGGGAGAAAACCAGGUAUCAUAUAAUAACGUGCAGAAUGUUAAGAUAAAUAUGGAGUCGAUCUCGUUGGAGCUGGCACUGCACAGCUUUGAGCAUAUGAGCGCAGUGAGUGCUAUUUGGAUCCACAACACCGAAAAGCUGCGUGGAAUGGUUGCUUUCCGAGACAUCAUGCAUGCAACCAGUAAGAAGUGGUCGCAGGAUGACGCCACAAAGGUGGAUGGGCCUGCCGAGAAGUCCAUUCUUGGAAAGUACUUAUUAGACUUAUCAAUCACCUGCCAAAAUUUGCAUUUAACUGUUAACGAUUUAUCUUACUACAAACUUAACCCGAUUUCUUCUGUGUUUCUUGCACAGAAUCGUGCAAUAAGAAAUCGGCAGAUGACCGAAAAGGACGCGUUGCUAACGCACGAGGAUAUUGUUGGCAUGAUCCUCGGUCAUUCUGACACUGCGGAACCGGGGGCAGAUAGGGAUAUAGACAGAACUGGUCAUAGAAGAGGUCGGUCAAUACUGUCAUCUGAAAAUAGCGCGGAGGCAUGCACUGGACUAAGAAACGAAUCAACAGAUACAGGGAUUGCAGGGGCCGUUGGCAAUAAACUAAGCUCAGGACAGGAGUCUUACGAGGAACAUCCCUUGCAUCACGUUACGCAAAUGAAUCUGGAGUUCGGUGAGGUCAAUACAGGGUGUAAAACCCAGCUCACGGACCAGCAGCUUGAGCUUAUACUUCAAAUUACCGCUUUAGAGAAGCAGCAGAAGAUGCGCGUGCCAGUCCUCGUUAUGGAGUUCUCUAAAGAUGACACUGCAGUGAUAUGCAAUAUCCGAAAGAAGGCAGCAAAACUCCAAGCAACAGUUUCCAUUAAAAGCCUUCUUUUGAAGUAUGGACAUACUAUCGCAUGUAAGCUUGUGCUUCAUGGAGUACGGCUAUCCAUUAAGAACUUCUCAUACUCUGUCACCAAUGUUUCUACCUCGGAUUCUGACAAUUCUAAAGAUCAGGACGUGCAUUCCGCGAUUACAGUCCCCAAUAUGCAUUCAGAGGUUAAUGACCAUUCCUCUUCUGUUCUUCCAGUGCUGCUGUCUAAUGAGCAGGUAAUGGUAGCCAUAGACGCCGCGCUGCAUCUUGACCAGCUCAUUGUUCAUGUCUUUGAGGAGGUGGAACUAGCAUAUAUGAAUACCUCUGGAUGCUUUGUCAAUCUUUCAGCCUGUCACAUGAUCUCAGAGAAGAUAUUAAGGAACCAAUCACAGUAUAAGAAGAACAAAACUUCGAUUGGAUUGGGAGUUAAAAGUGUUAAUGCUUACAUAGGGAUGCAGGUAGCCACGGCAAUCUAUGGAUCACUGCAAAGGGUGCUUUCAGAUACCACUAAGUUGUGGAAGGAAGGAAAGGUCAUUGUGCAAAACCAUCAUACCGCUUUAUCGGUAGACAACAUCUUACUGAAACUGAAGCGCUACAUCUCUAAGGGCGAGAGGGAUAAAGAGAGGAUACGGAGACAGAAGAAAUUAGCGAAAAGUGACGAAUUAUAUUUUCAAGCAGUUCUAUCAACCAACCCAACUCACUCUAUGUCCACAUCAUACACCCUUGAUGCAAAGUACUUGAAGUACUUCUCCAAGACGGCAAGGGUAAAGCUCUCUCUACAGAUUGAUACUAUUUCACUACGGUUGUUCCAGGGCACUUUGUUGGACAAUUACCAUUGUGCAAUCGUUGUCUCCAAGCUUGACUUAGUUCUCUCCUUAUUGUAUAACCCUGUGGAUCACUCUACAAAAACAAUCCCACUAAAGCUGCAGAUCACGAAGAAGGCACUGCUAGAGAAGCUAGGCCACGAGCUGGUCACAAAGGAUAAGCAGAAAACCCAGGCAGAGGCAACGGAUACGUCUUCUACAGGGAGCAACUACCCACCGCCCACUGCUCAUCCAAGGGAAAGCGGUCGUAGAAGCCGCACUCACAUAAACAAUGCAUGGAUGAUGGCAUUUUCUCUUGAUGACUUGCAGCUUACUGACACACUUCCAGUUGUCCCAACUACAUCUAUAGCUCUAUCCAUAGCCUUUUUUACUCUGAGCUACGGGGAACGGCUGGGCCAAGGUGCAAGCAAAAUUGCCAUCAACCCUAUCAUGUUUGACGAGUCUGUUAACGCCGAAAAGGUAAAGCAGGGACUGGGAUACAUCCACAAGGGCCAGUACCAUGAUUACAUCCAUGUUCUUGUCGCACGAAACGAGCUUCUAACAAUCAUGUCUUGUACAGAGGUCCUAAAGCUUGGCAGAUCCUCAUGGGAUAUCAAUUAUAGCACGGUUUGCUCAGUGCUCAAACUCCCCGAGAGCUCUGGCCCCCUUUACAUGCUUCAAAUGCUAUCGGGAUUGGCGAAGCCUAACUUAAGUAAUUUGACGGCGGGAUCGCAAUUUAUUGCUGCGGUGGGAACCAUCAAUUCAAUCCUGUCGGAUAUUCUAGCAUUUAAGCGAUCUGUCUCAAAGGCCCCCCUCCUCGAUGUUAACAGGGGCGACGCCAGGGACAUAGGUGCUAUGGGGAGCUCCAUUUCUGCUUCCAAAGAGGCGUUCCUCCACAGUAGCGUGGAAUUCUCACCGGACACUCUGUCGAGGCUACCGGCCGAGCAGUCAGUAGAGUCUAAGGAGGCAACGAAGACUAUGGCGGCCAACAUGAUGCGCAUCUACGAAAGUGAAAAGCUCUGGCUGCUAAGCCAAAUGAACGUUGAAAGUGCAGACGCUCUGGUGCCGAACCUGGGAUUGCUGGGGAAGGGGGGAAGUGAUCUGUUGGGGUCAAUAAUAGGGAGUACAUUGAAGAGCAAUCGGUAUCUCAAUAAAGUCUUUACGGGAGUUACCGCGGGUCUUUACCACACAGGUGAGGAAGUUACAAAUCUACUGAUAUCACAGGCCAAGCAGGUGUUCUACACUCGUGCUCAAAAUCUUCAAAAAAUAAUAAUUAAAGACCAAACUCAAAAAGAAUAA